GUGGCUGGGUCCCACCCUAUAUUUUCCUCAUCUCUUCGUCGGCCUCCCACUUUUUUCCAGCCGGCCGCCGUCGCCAUUGAUGCCCGCGCGCCGCCCCCAAAAUCCCCCGUCUACACAUAGAUCGGCGCCCAACGUUCAGACUUCCGUCCCCGAUCUCCCCGCGUCCGGCCAGAUCUGCUCGUGCCGGCCACCGCAGUGGCUUUAGCUUCCAGCCGGAUGCCGCGCGACCUGUCAAGGUCGCCGCCGCGCCGGCGCCGGCCGUCGCCGUCCCCGCUUCGCCGCGGACCGGGCUACAGGGAGCGCGUGCCCAGCCGCAGCAGGUCCCCUUAUCGCUCCUCCUAUAGAAGGAAGAGCCCUUCACCUUCCUCUCCCAGGAGGCGCAGGAGUCCAUCCCCAUCGAAAAUCCAUUACAAAAGAAAGAGAAGUCCGAGUGUCACUGGUUCUCCAGUUGCCAAAUCGAGUCCCCAUCUCGGAUCUACAGAGAAUAAGAAUGUCGUUGAUAAGCAAAGGCUAGAAGAAGAAAAGAAAAGGCGUCAAAAAGAAGUUGAACUAAGGCUAUUAGAGGAGGAAACUACAAAAAGAGUUGAGCAAGCUAUUAGGAAACAAGUUGAGGAUAGUUUGAAUUCUGAGGAAAUCAAACAUGAAAUACAGCGUCGAAUUGAUGAAGGGCGAAAAAGGAUACAUGAGGAGGUAGUUGCCCAAAUUGAGAAAGAGAAGGUGUCUGCCUUGGUUGAAGCCCAACAGAGAGCGGAACGUGAGAAGAAAGAGCGAGAAGAGCUAGAGAAGAAGCUCGGAGAGGAGCGAAAGAAAGCAGAGGAGGCUCAGAUGAAGGUAGCCAUGGAGCAGCAGCAGAAAGAGCUGGAGCGGUACCAGGAGCUGGAGAGGCUUCAGAAGGAGAGGGAGGAAGCCAUGAAGCAGAAGCAAAUGGAGGAGCAGCAGCAGAAGCAGAACCAGAUUAAGCUGCUGGGCAAGAACAAGUCGCGACCAAAGCUGUCGUUCUCUUUUGGGAUGAAGUAGAUCAGUCUAUUGCCAGGGGAGGGGAAAUUAGCGCCGUAGUUUGCAUUUGUAACCAUUUGUCUGAAACCGAUGAUUGCUGGUAAGUCAGUCGCGCGAACAAUCGUGUUGUGUUAAAAGCUGUUUUUAUCA